AGAGAGAAUGUCUUGACCAGGCUUACGUCACACAAUGCGGGAAUGCACCCCAGCUGCACUAGUUGCAAAUACACGAUUUCUCUGUGACUGCUUCGUUUAGCCUUAUCGAUUCCGAUAAUGAUCAGCUUCUCCAACUGGUGACAUAUUUCUUUUCAAGAUCCCCCUAAAAUAAAGCAGUAAAGCUGGGGGCAAACGUGGUCAGAAAAAAAAUCAAAUGUAGCUUUCUCCAUCCGUAGAUAGCGAGAGAUAAGCUCGCCUCGGUAGAAAGAUAGUCCAAGCAUGUUUCUUCAUCAGAGAAUAUUUGGGGUAGGAAACUGAAUUCUCCUAGUUUGGUGCCCUCACGACAUAUGGGAUGCAUCCAGUAACGACAAUAAUGGAGAGAUGUCAAUUCCUUUUGUACCACCCCCAAAGAAAGAUUUUGUUUUUUUCAUGUCAGCGCCAUUUUGCAUCACGUGCCAAAAUAAAAGGGCAGCGGAUGGUGUGGAUAAAGACGACCUACACGUUUCUGUCCAGACAUUUCAAAAUGAGGAGUGGAGCCUGUGGACACCUAGCCUUACACGCCCAUAUUAUCUACCAAGGGAAUUUCCAAAGAUAAAGGCCAACAUUGUUUUUAUUCCAAAACAAGCCAACGUUAAAGUGUCCACGGAUCACAGAUACUUUCGUCGAACCGAUUCACGAACAAAAGUCACAGUCUUUUGUCCAGACAGUGUUACAAUUAUCACUGAGGAUCUUAACAAAUGCUGUUUAACUUCUGCCCAUCCCACUCUCCAUCAAGCAAAAACAGAGCAAACUAUUCAAAAUAGGAAAUGACACCACACGGAUCUGUUGGCCUCCUGCUUCUGCUGAGUGUUGUUUCCAUGGCGACCAGUCAAGCUGUGGAUUUCACUAGGUUACCGGAGGCUACAGGAGAAUCUGUGGUGAGGGCAACUGUGUCACAGAUCCGAGAGUCGUGUGCCUUCCAGAACGAUUAUCUCUAUCUGAAGAGGCUGGCUUUUGUGUCCUCGGAGUAUGGCGAGGCUUCUGGAUCAUUUAGACCAGGGUUCCACGGGGGAAUAUGGCAGAUUUCUCGGGAGGACUAUAAACUCACCCUCUACAUGGAUAGCACAUUCUACGAUCUUAUUCGUAAAAAGCUUAACAUCGAAUGGAGAAAGACCAAAUGGAGCGACUUGAGAAAGCCAAUCUACUCCGGAAUAGCAGCUAUGCUCACGUUAGAGAGAUUGUCCCCCAUCCCACGGAAUGCCAAAGGACAAGCAAAAUUCUUCCAAAAAAACUUGUCUGGAAAUGCUACGCUCUUUCUUGACCUGAUAUCUCAAACACAAAGGUCGUGCGACACUGAAGAGCUCGACAUGGCGUUCGUCCUUGAUGGUUCGGCCAGCAUGACUUCUUCCGAAUUUAAGGAGUCCAAAAAGUUUACAUCGCUCGUUCUUAGAAAUUUCUAUGUGGAACCUGAUUUCGUCCGCGUUUCUGUGUCCACCUUCAGUGACACUGUGACUGAGUAUAUUCGCUUCCUUCAAUUCAUCACAACGCGUUCCGUCCGGAAAGCAGUGUUUUCGAUACGGAGAGAAAACGGACACACCAACACAGCCCUUGCCCUGAACUACCUGAGAAGGUUUACGUUCACCACACAGGUAUAGGCGAUGGUAUUGAUUCUGUUGAACUAGAAGGAAUCGCUUCUCACCCAACCUGCACACACGUGAGAAAGAUAGCAGUCUUUUCAGAGCUGAAAUCUCUCGUGGAUGACGUCAAAGAUGCCGUCUGUAAAACGAAUAUUUUCCAAAACUUCAACACUGAGAACAAAUACAAGUGCACAAGAGAAAAGACUGUGAUGUUUGACGUAAUAAGCGAGACAACAAUCGUGGCACGUCCUGAACUUGGAAACCUGAACAUCUUUGGCUCUUUUAAGAUCACAGAACCAAAUUCUGCUUUUGGUGACUUUUCCAGCAUUGCCCGUGCCGAGAAGCCUUUGGUCAUCUACCUGGACAAAUCGGACCAAACUCUCUACCUGAGUUUCUCUGCAAAUGUGACACAUGAAGACCACUGCAGCAGCACCUUUAUUGUCAAGGCCGUGGACUCAAACGCCAUGAGGAAGACAGCUGCUUCAACUGUGUGCAUCACAGACGGCCACACACGGAAGUGUACUGAUAUUGACUAUGUGAAAAGUGGAGACUAUCAAAAAGUCAUUGCACCUUCAUCGAGCAGCGCCACACGAGCCUGUGUAGAGGGUCUCGUUGGCUACCAGCCUCACCCAAACACAACCACCAAGUACGUGUACUGUGUAUCCAAGACCGAGGCUUAUGUAGUCACCUGCCCGAACGGCUUUGCUUACCUGUCCUCACAGCAGGACUGUGUCGUGCCGGCCUCCAUGGACAAUGACACCGUGUGCAGAGUGUGUAGCUCCGAGAAUUGGCUUCUGGGACUCAGGAACUUCCCAGUGGCAGCCAAGAGCAGACUAUACGUGAACUGUACCGCUGUGGAGACCUGCGUCAUCAAGGAUUGUGGUGACAACUUACAGUACUAUCCCAACGACCAGAAGUGCGCAGAAGCCUCGCUUGGAUCGUCUACUUGGUCCCUGCAUAGGUCGCAGGCAUACAUAGUUGUGGUCUUGGUUUUGCUGUUUCUGAGAAAAUUAAUUUGCUGAAAUGUUUGUUUCGGUUUCAGAGCUCAUUUCUGUAAUUUGUAUUUUUUCCAUACUUCUUGCUGCAAAAUAAAACUUAUCUGAGCACAAUGAAAA